GGGGUCGGCAGGAGGAGGCGGGGCCUCAUAGCCGAGCGCCGGCAGCCUGGCACUGCCGAGGCGGGAGGAGCUCGCCGGGCGCGAUGGAGACGGACAGCUUCUGGGGCUGGAGCCGCACAUCUGGCCGCGGAGCCCGCGUGCCCGCCCCCUCCCCCGCGCGCCCCGGCCACUUCCUGUCCUCAGCGGAGUCAGGGUCGCUCCUACCCGCGUGGGGCCGCGCGGGGGCUCGCGGCAGGAGGGGUUCAGGCUGCCCCGUGGGCUCAGGCCCGGAGCCCAGAGCAACCAGCACAAUAGCGUCCAACAGCUGGAGCACCAGCGGCAGCCCCGGCGAGGCCCGGGAGGAUGGGCCCGAGGGCCUGGACAAAGGGCUGGACAAUGACGCGGAGGGCGUGUGGAGCCCGGACAUCGAGCAGAGCUUCCAGGAGGCCCUGGCCAUCUACCCGCCCUGCGGCCGCCGCAAGAUCAUCCUGUCGGACGAGGGCAAGAUGUACGGUCGAAAUGAGCUCAUCGCCCGCUACAUCAAACUGAGGACAGGGAAGACACGGACAAGAAAACAGGUGUCCAGCCACAUACAGGUUCUAGCCCGGAAGAAGGUGCGGGAGUACCAGGUUGGCAUCAAGGUCUCUAGCCACUUGCAGGUUCUAGCCAGGCGGAAAUCUCGGGAGAUUCAGUCCAAGCUGAAGGCCAUGAACCUGGACCAGGUCUCCAAGGACAAAGCACUCCAGAGCAUGGCGUCCAUGUCCUCAGCGCAGAUCGUGUCCGCCAGCGUCCUGCAGAACAAGUUCAGCCCGCCGUCGCCGCUGCCGCAGGCCGUCUUCUCCGCGUCCUCCAGGUUCUGGAGUAGCCCCCCCCUCCUGGGACAGCAGCCAGGACCCUCUCAGGACAUCAAGCCCUUUGCGCAGCCAGCCUACCCCGUGCAGCCGCCCCUGCCACCACCGCUCAGCAGUUACGAGCCCCUGGCCCCGCUCCCCCCGCCCGCUGCGCCCACGCCGGCCUGGCAGGACCGCACCAUCGCCUCCUCCCGCCUGCGGCUCCUCGAGUACUCGGCCUUCAUGGAGGUGCAGCGCGACCCCGACACGUAUAGCAAACACCUGUUCGUGCACAUCGGCCAGACCAGCCCGGGCUUCUCCGACCCACCGCUGGAGGCCGUGGACGUGCGGCAGAUCUACGACAAGUUCCCGGAGAAGAAGGGCGGGCUGAAGGAGCUCUACGAGAAGGGGCCGCCCAACGCCUUCUUCCUGGUCAAGUUCUGGGCCGACCUGAACAGCGCCGUCCAGGAGGGGCCCGGGGCCUUCUACGGGGUCAGCUCGCAGUACAGCUCCGCGGACAGCAUGACCAUCAGCGUGUCCACCAAGGUGUGCUCCUUCAGCAAGCAGGUGGUGGAGAAGGUGGAGACCGAGUACGCCCGGCUGGAGAACGGCCGCUUCGUGUACCGCAUCCACCGCUCGCCCAUGUGCGAGUACAUGAUCAACUUCAUCCACAAGCUCAAGCACCUGCCGGAGAAGUGCCUGAUGAACAGCGUGCUGGAGAACUUCACCAUCCUGCAGGUGGUCACGAACCGCGACUCCCAGGAGACCCUGCUGGUCAUCGCCUUCGUCUUCGAGGUCUCCACCAGCGAGCACGGCGCCCAGCACCACGUCUACAAGCUGGUCAAGGACUAGGCGCCUGCCGAGGACACGGGACGCCUGCCGCGAGCUUGCCGGUGCCGCCGGGGCCCAGGCCGAGGACGCGCCCGCCCCACCCCUGCCGCUGUUCUGCGCUUUAGCUGUGGGCCAGGGGGCUCGGCACUGCCCAGCCACCACCUGGCCCCUGGCUGGGGGAGUGCGGUGCGCAGGGGAAGCCGAGGCAGGCGGAUCGCAGAGGACCAGAAGGGGCCGAGUGUGGGCCGGCGCAGGUCCGAGGGAGACGAGGCAGGGCCGCCGGGCCCAGGUUACACUACCUCCAGGUGCGGGCGCUGCGCGGGGGGCCUGCUCCACCCACCCGUGGCUCCCCUGGCUGCACCUCCCCACACCUCCUCCUGGGCCGGGCCGGGCACGGGGCCCUGCUGCAGUGCCUGCUCAGCGUCCCAGCCAUGCUGGGCCCGGGCCCUGGGUUCCACGAAGUAUUGCAGCCUCCCCGCCCGCUUCCUUGCUGCUGCCUCGGAUCGGGCCACCGCCACGCCCCACCUAGGUUUUAUAUUGUCUGAUACCUGUUUUUGUGUACUUCUAAAAUCCGCAGUGAUGGGUUAUGUGGCUCUGAGCUGGGGCAGGGUCCCUCAAGACCUGACCCCUGCCCAACUAAGAAAUUAUUAAAGUUAUUUGUUUUAAGUGACA